AUGCACCCUGACUCAAAGUUAGAAAAGGGUAAAACUGAGAAAGAUAUUGAUGAGACCAGAUAUAGAGACAUGAUAAGUUCUCUCAUGUAUCUUACAUCAUUUAAACCUGAUAUUGUGCAAAGUAUUAGAGUUUGUUCUCAAUUCCAAUUACAAUCUAAAGAAUCAAAUCUUUCUGCAGUAAAAAGAAUCAUUAGAUAUAUACAUGGAACAUCUAACUAUGAUUUAUGGUAUCCUAAGUCUGAUAAAUUUUCUGUAGUUGGAUACUGUGAUACAGAUUUGCAGGUGAUAGAGUGGAUAGGAGAAGUACUUCUGGUAUGCUGUUUUCUGAGUAGUUCAUUAAAUGUAUGGUCAAGUAAGAAGCAGUCCACAGUGGCUCUCUCCACUACAGAAGCCAAAUACAUUGCUGCAUCUUCUUGCUGUUCCUAA